GAGAGAGAGAGAGAGAGACAGAGUCUUCAGACAAUAUGAGUUUUGGACCAACAGUGUUUGGCUCUCAGAAUCACAAGAGUGUAGGAGACCUUCUCCUUCAUCUUGUUCCAUGUGUUGAAGGUUAGUUUGCCCAGGUGUUUGGCCUCAUCUCAGAGCUCCUGGGAGCAGAUGUGGCUCAUCCAGCAGGUGGCGCUGCUGGUCUCUUUAACUCAGCAGCUCCAAUGGGAAAUCAGUCAGUCUUGUCUUGUCAUCUGUACUUCAGAAGGUUCUUUGUUGGUUUCUUUCACUUUGAGUCUUUGAUCUUUGAAACUCUUGUUUGGUUUGUGGAUUCAGCAGAUGGUUGAAGUGGUGGCGUUCCCUGAUAAACGCUAUCUGCCACUUUAACUGAGAUAUGACAUUCACUUUUUUGGCCUUUGGCACCUUUUAAAUUCACUGUCACCUGGAUAUGGCACCUGUUCUGUAGUGAAGUCAGGGAACUCGACUCUCUGUUGAGGCGAACUGGAGGAAACCGAUGAGCUGAGCAGACCUUUGAGUCGAGUGCUGUUGGGUCGUCAGGACGGGACCCUAUGUCGUGUGGGCCUAACGAGACGUCCUGCUGAAAGGCUUUAUGGUGUCUGUCGGUCCUGUGAAUCCUGGACUCUCCCUGGGGGUCGAUCAUGCUGCCACCGCAGGAUUAUCACACAUUAGAGGGGAUUGUGGGUAAUGGUUUAACCCAGAUGUUUGAUUCAGUAAUCUGACCCUCCAGAUGGUCUGAACCUGGACUCAGGAGCACAUGUCUCAAAAGGGAAACCCUGAUUCAUAUGAUAAGUGACAACCCACUUCAGAAUUUAUCUUGUCGUGCCAGAGGGAAAACUUUUUUUCAUGAGAAACUGAGCAGGACAGCAUUUAGCUUCCAAACAGAUGUUGACAUCUUCAGGUUUUGCUCAGCAGAACAAACACAGACGAACGGGUUCGUCCCUCCAUUUUGUGACUUAACUGACAAAGAUGAUCCGUGUGUAUGAUGGAGCAGGAAAAGUCGCCAUGUUUCUGUGUCAGGAAGCAGUUUGUUGACUUUAACUGACACUUCCUGUGAGAACACAUCAGGUGUCUGUUUGAAAUAAAUACUUCAUCCGCAGGAUUCAGUUAAACUCCUCAGGUGCUCCUCCGGUUUCAUGUGUCAAGUAGACAACAAGUGUAAAAUUGCCAGUAAUGCAGUUUUGCUUUCAAAAUAAAAGCAUACGAUACUUAAAAAGCUAAAACGUUUAUUUAGAAUAACAUAUUUUCAUUCAAAGUGCUGACAUACAGGAUUAAGCAUUAAGAAAUUUUUCUCUAAGCUUCCAUUUUGUCAUUCAUGUUGAGUCUCUGAUCAAACAAUUUGAAAUUAUACUGUGGCUCCACCUACCAAUCACUACGGCACAGACUCUGGCUCCAAAUGACAUCACAAGAACAAGAUGGCAGCACUUGAAUCAGGGAUGUUUUGGCUUCACUUUUGUACAGUGGAAGGAAGAAGAGACGUGUCGGCCAUCUUUAUGUGUGAGUGGUUAAACAUCAUGUUAGUUCUGUCUUUAAUGCACACGUGCAUUUUAGUUGAAUAUAGUUUGGAACAAUGAUGACUAAAACCGUAAAAAAAAUAGGAAGACAAUGUAAGACUUGAAAUUUUUGGUAUAAAUUCAUCGCGGACAAAUGAGUUUAAGCGAGAAUAAGAUUGACCAAGUUGUGUGGGCAGACAGAUAAUAUUAAACUUCCUCUUUUUUUAGGUUUGAAUUUCAUCAUCUUGAAUUCUGUUAAACGCAUCAAGGUGGGGGCUAUGAGCAACGCUUUUAUUGUGAAAUCCUUACAGGAAGUGGCUGUGUUUAGCUCUGAUAACUUGACGUCGGAGCAGCUCGCGACGAGCUCGGCUCUGCUCGAUUUGUUUUCAUCCCGCCCUCCAGCGGAGCAGAGCGAGAUGAAAACCACAUCCCGGAGCGUUCGGACAGGCGAGACCGAGCGGGACGUCGGCUUCAUUGUGUCCGGGUUUCAGAGCUGAGAGGCCCGGAGAGACACCGCGCUGUGGCGGACUGCUGGCGGAUCUGACUCAGAGACAUGUACCAGGUCCAGCUGGUGAUGGAGCUCAGCGGCUCUGACGGCGCCAUCUGACUGUCGCUGCUGUUAUCAGAGAGAAGGAGGAAGUGACGACGGCGUUGAGUCCUGCUGUUAGACUGAAGGCCCAUCAGGUUUUCAUCUGAACCGUCAGUGACCAUGUGGGGGGAAAAGGGAAAGGGUCGUUGCCAUGGUGCUGAAGGAGCUUCCUGGUAAAAAGGCAUCUGCAGAAGGAAACCCCCUCCUCACCGUGACAACCAAGCUGGUCCGGGAGCAGCAGGAGAGUCGACCCCUGCUGAGUCCCUCCAUCGAUGACUUCCUGUCAGAGAGCCGGAGCGAUGCCUCCUCCACCCGACCCCUCACCUCCAACACAGCAGUGCUGUCCACAACUCUGGACCUGGUGGACCUCAGUGAGCCAGGGGAGGGCAGCGGGGGCAGCUCUGGUGGCAGCAGCGGUAGCAGCAGUAACAGGGACCGGAGGAGGAGCCCUCUGAGGAGGAAGGGCAGCUCAAGGAGCCCUCGGCGCCGGACAAGACCUGAGGAGACAGAGCUGAUCCAGGUUGAGGUGGAGCACCUGCCUGCCAGUCCCAGAACACCUGAGAGGAUCUCACUGGACUCAGUCAGUCUGUCGUCUCCUCUGGAUAAAUGGGACGAAGUGAACCUGGACAUGGAGGACGAAGGGCGCAGGAGAUACGAGAAGAGAUGCACCUCCCACCACUCGUCCAGUGAGCUGCUGUGGUGUGCAGAGUUUAAAACGGAUCCUCUAACAAAGAACUCCUUCGACAUCCACAGCUUCGAUGACCUCGACUUCACCUCUUCUUCUCAGGACUGUGGAGCAUCCAGACAGCGCAGACGGACUCGUUCCCUGUUGUCCAGAAAGGAGUCUCUGGAGGACGAGUUUGUGAGAGCGAAGGCUGCUGUGGAGUCGGACACAGAGUUCUGGGACAAGAUGCAGGCCGAGUGGGAGGAGCUGGCUCGGAGGAACUGGCUAGAGGAGUCUGAGGACCAGGGUCCAAUCCCUCCCACUGUCUCACCUGCCGAGAAGGGUUACUACUUCAACUCCAAAAACCCAUACCGAGACUGGCCCAAUGCCUUCGCCGAGGGCCAGGAGAAGGCUCGGGAGGGAGACCUGAAUGCUGCCGUCCUGCUGCUGGAGGCCGCCAUCCUGCAGGACCCGCAGGACUCUGAGGCCUGGCAGCUUUUAGGGAUGACUCAGGCUGAGAACGAGAACGAACAGGCCGCCAUCGUGUCGCUGCAGAGGUGUCUGGAGCUCCGCCCCAACAACCUCCCGGCUCUCAUGGCGCUGGCCGUCAGCUUCACCAACGGUGGCAUGCAGCAGGAAGCCUGUGACGCGCUACGCCGCUGGAUCUGCCACAACCCCCGAUACAAACACCUGGUCCUAGACAGCAGGAGCCCGCUACAGGGUUCCCCAGCCACACCUCGCAAGGGUCCCCCCACCCCAACCAGCUCUGAGCUGCAGGACGUGCUGCUUCUCUUCCAGGAUGCGGCUCUGCUGAAUGUGGACUGUGUGGAUCCAGACCUACAGACUGGACUGGGAGUCCUGUUCAACCUGAGCUCCGACUUCAACAAGGCUGUGGAGGCUUUCACUGCAGCCCUGUCGGUCAGACCACAGGACUACCUGCUGUGGAACCGUCUGGGAGCAACGCUGGCCAACGGGGACCGCAGCGAGGAGGCAGUGGAGGCGUACACCAGAGCUCUGGAGCUGCAGCCCGGAUUCAUCCGGUCCAGGUACAACCUGGGAAUCAGCUGCAUCAACCUGGGAGCUCACAGGGAGGCGGUCAGUAACUUCCUGACGGCUCUGAACCAGCAGAGGCGGAGUCAGCGCUGUAGCCACCAGCAGAUGUCGGCUAACAUCUGGGCCGCCCUGCGAAUCGCCAUCUCCAUGAUGGACCGACCCGAACUGUUCCAGGCUGCCAACAUCGGGGACCUGGACCUGCUGAUGAGGGCCUUCGAUGUGGGUGACGUGUGACCGAAGGUGGUUUGAUGGAGUUCAUUUCAGAGGAAAUGUCUCCGGUAGCAGUGCACACAGUCACAGAAAGACCUUUUCAGUGUAAGAGCACAACCCUUCAGCUUCCUGUCAGAACUCAGUUUCUAAAUCUGCGCUGAGAUCAGUGAGGCUGCGUUUGUUCAGUUUGUCUGCACUUUCAUUUCCUUUUGACAAGUUAGAGCUUAAAAGCCAUUCAGAGUUCAUCAGAUGUUAAAGAGCCCCUUCACAGAGUAGCACCUGCGACCCACAAUGAUGUCACAGUGUACCAGCACACCUGGAGUCUGCGUGAGGGCGACAGGCUCCGUCGCAGGUAAACCACAGGGCUGCUCGGUCACUCUUUAAAGGUUUUUAUUUUUGAUCGCAUUUGAACAUGACCCCUCGGCUUUGAUUUGAACUCAGCUCUUCCUCCGUGUUCACCUCUACGUGACGUCACUCAAACGAAUUCUUCCACAAAGGUUCCGACCUCCUUUAACCCUUCAGAUGUCUUUAAUAUCUUAUAGAAUGGAAGAGUUAACAAAUAAAACAUUUGUAAUAAGUUUCUUUUUUGGAUGAGAAACGAGCUGAAGGAGGUCAGUGACGAUGAAAAGGAAGAGUUCUCACUCCUGUGACUGUCAAAAUAAAACAAUGACUCAACUGAUUCUGAUGAGAUUAAAACCUGCACUUUGUCACCACCUGAAGUACUCUGAGGUACUCUGAGGUACUCUGAUCCACGCUCGUCUUUUCCUCUGAGCUUUAUGAGCCUUCUUCCCUUUAAACCUUUAAAGCCAUAAAACCUCAAAGCUGAUGGUCAUGUGACCGUCAGUGUCACCUGUUGUGUUGCUUCCUGAGCUCCAGAGAAACAAGCUGAACGCGUCUGAACUCGACUGUUCCUGUUGGCUUUCUGUCCUGUCAGACGUUCCUGUUUCACUUCGUUGUUUUAUUCGGACGGUCUGGUUUCUCACUUCCUUCCUGUUGUCGACUCUCAGGUGAAUCUUCUGACAAGCAGUUUGUCUGCUUGAUGCAUAAAACACACAAAUGACAGACGCAACCGACCAGCACCAAACGCGACUCCUGAGUUUGUUACAGCUUCGGUUUUCUGACCAAAUUUUAAUAUAUGAACCUGAAGAAGUGAACUUUGAUGGCUUCAGUCGACUGCUGAGAGCUCAGAGCGAGCAGGAAAAACACUUUGACAACAAACAUCAGCUCAGCACUUCACCCGAAUCCGACCAGACGUGAAGACAGUAACAACCACCUGCACAGGAAGCAGCAGAAAACUAAAGCGGUUAACUUCAUAGAACUUUAGAGCAGUUUGACCCACAGGAAAAAGAUGAGAACCUAACUUGAAGCAGCAGCAGGCGAGCUGACGCACGUGUCAGUUCACGUGUUACUGCCGAUUAAAGGGAGGUUUCACAAACUUUAAUCACUGUUCAGAGCAGGUUUUGGAACACAGUCAGAGAUUUAGAACAUUUCUCUCUGGUUUGGUUUGACUGUCAAAGUGUCUGAAUCAUUCGCAGGAAGGCUGAUGUUCUGUCUGAGACGUUUAAAGUUUUCACACCUGAGCAGUAGAGUGAAGUACACAGCCUGUAUACACCUGUGUACACACACACACACUCACGUUACAGUAGUGACAAGUUUUCCUUCGAGCGAUGUGAUUGGUUGAUCAGCAGCUUCGUACCUUCAUGUUUCUGUAAAUGACUGUACAGACAAUAAUCACAUGUAAACUGAUGACAUUUUAGAAAUUAAACAACUCAUUGAGAACCUGAAAAA